ACAGAAGACAGAACACAGAACUGGAGCAAGUGUUGAAGAAAUUGAGAAGAGGUGUUUUUUUCACGAUACAAAGAUACAAUUUUUCGAGAGACUAUCAAAGAAUCUUACGGAGGUAGGAGCAAAGUUCGAUCAACGCAAAUGGCGAGAUUUGGCUUAUCCGCGUGAGAUGCAACGCGUUUCAAGUCACGAAGUAGGCGAACCUAACCUCCAUAACCUCGUCUUCGAGUCAGAAGCAGUUUAAAAAAAAUCUAGGUGUGCAAAAUCGCAAAUAAUUCACAGCCGGGAUGGCAGUUGGCUCGACCAAGGUCGUCCAAGUGACGAAUAUUGCGCCUCAGGCUACCAAGGAUCAGAUGCAGACGCUCUUCGGUUACCUGGGUAAAAUCGAAGACAUCAGGUUAUAUCCGACGAUCAGAGACGUCGCCGUACCAGUGCAGUCCCGCAUAUGUUAUAUCAAGUUUCAUGACCAGGGUUGCGUGGCUGUGGCGCAACACAUGACCAAUACAGUCUUCAUUGAUCGUGCAUUGAUAGUGAUCCCCUACCAGAACGGAGAUAUUCCGGACGAGCAACGUGCUCUUGAGCUCACCAACAAUGGCACGGUUGUGCCAGGUCUCUAUCCAUCAGAACCGAAGCUGCCGCCAAACGUUGUGAACGCCAUCGAGGGUAUCCCACCAAAUCAUGUAAUCACCACGAUGGAUCCUAAGCUGGAGACUAACGGUCUACCGCCCUAUCCACAUUUGCCAGGUCACCUGGAUAGCAGGCGUAUCGAGGAGAUCCGGCGGACGCUUGUGGUGGCAAAUCUGGAUUCUUUGGUGAGCCCCGAGCAACUGCUGGACUUCUUCAGCAACAACAACGUCGAGAUCAAGUACCUGCGUAUGUGCAGCAGGGACUCGGACAGCGAGCAUUACGCAUUGGUGGAACUGUCGGAGCAGAUGGCGGUGAUCUCGGCGCUGCUGCUCAACGGGAAACAGCUGAUGGAUCGACCGAUCAAGAUUUAUCAUUCGACACAGGCGAUAGCCAAACCGGAAGCGAAGAGUAACGAAGCCGCGCAAAAGGAGAUCGAAGAGGCGAUGUCGCGAGUAAAGGAAGCCCACAAUCUUAUAUCCGCCGCGAUCGAUCCAAUGAUCGGCAUGCUGUCCAAGGACAAGCGCAGCAGAAGUGGCUCACGUAGUCGCAAGUCACGUUCGCGCUCCCGCGGUCGCAGCCGCCGCUCGAGAUCGCGCAAACGUUCGCGCUCGCGUCACCGACGCUCGCGAUCCCGUCACAGGCGGCGAUCUCGCUCACGCUCUAAACGCUCUCGAUCCAAGGAUCGCCGGCGCAGCUCGGCAUCGCGACGACGCAGCAGCUCGCGCAGCCGCCAUCGUUCGCGCAGUAGAUCACGGCGCUCGAGAUCACGCCGAUCGCCCUCAAGGUCAAAGGAGCGCAAGAAGAGGUCACCGCGACGUCGUAGUCGCUCGCGGUCGCAUAGUAAACGUUCCAAGUCCAGAUCCAGACGUUCACGUUCCAAAUCCAAAUCUAGAUCAUCCAAGUCCAAAUAUUCGGACAAGUCCAAGGAUAAGGAGCGCGAGAGGCGUAGCAAAGACAAGUCGGACAAUGGCAAGAGGAGUGAUAGCGACCGGGAGAGGCCUGAGAAGGAGAGCAGCAGAAGCGAAAAGAAAUCUAGUAAGGAGAAACGGUCUAGUGACAAAUCAGAGUCGAAACAAUCGGAGGAGAAGGGCAGAUCCGCGUCGGAAAGCAACGACAGCAAGGACAAGACAACAGAAUCGGAGAGCUAGAGAAAGGCUAGGACAACGAUCCCAUUUGCAUUCGAUCAUUUCGUUCAUUUCGAAAAAGCUACCUUUCUUCGUCGCUACGUGUAUUGAUACAAGAUACAGAAAUACACGCAUUUAUAUACCAUCCAGCUUCUUCUUUCAAAAUGACGAUCUAUUCGUGAUGAUAGAUCGGAAAUAGACGAUCGAUUAGCAUUCAGGGAUCGACCUUUACCCUCUUCUUUCUCGGAACAGGCGGCGGCUUGAUCUCUUUCUGCUCAUCGCUCACUUCCAUUUUAGGCGCGCUUUUAGAUGGUCUAGAAGAAACAAAGGGAUAAAUGAAAUAGUGCGCUAUUAUACAUAUAUCCUUCUAUGGUACAGUCUUGGUCACAAACAAGAGCGUCUUUAAUCGAUAAUUGUGUUAUGCCAAAUCGAUUAAUGUUUGCGAGAUAAAAAUAAUAGCGAUGUUUUAGAAGUUGUAUUAUUGAUUGUGAUUCAGUAAAUUAAAUCUUAAUCGACUAUGAAAGUUUAGUUGCGCUUUUUAGUUUGUGAAUACUUUCUGUUUUGACUUACUGCAAUACAUUAAAGGUGCUUCAUACUUUUGACCAGAACUGUAAGAGAGUGAAUGACAAAUAAUAAAAAUACGAGAGUAAACACCUAAUCAUAU